AGAGGGGGAAAUGACUGGCGACUGUGUGGGAAGAGAGAGAGAGGAGGGGCUUAGAAAGUAUGAACUUGUGUAUGAUUUAGCUGCAGGAAGCAUUAAGAAGGGAAAAGACUGCAAACAGGACGCGGUAUACUCACUCUUUGAGCCUUUUCCUGAGGACGUGUUGCCUUAUGGCUGCUCACAGGGGCACUUUUUCCACCGGGUCACACUUUUUCUAGUGCGCUCCUUCAACUCCUGAGACUUGUCUUCUUCAUAAAAUCCGGAGCUUUUUGAACCCCGUGCUGUUUUUCCCCUCUCUCCAACUCUGUGCGUAAUUUUCUAUCCAGGAUCGAGGAGGAGAAAAAAAGGCGACAUCACAACAACACGAGGACGAGGAAUCAAGACAGAGAAAGUGUGAGGGGGGAAAAUGAAAGCCGUGUUGGAUUUCUGCUUGGUUUUCCUCACGCUGCACACUCCCGGCGUGCUGUCCUUGUCCACACAUGUAGCAGUAAUCUACCCCCAGGACCCCGUCCUCCGCAUGGGGUCCAACCUGACGGCCAGCUGCUGGGUCCACCCCGACCUCGGCGUCCACGCCAGCUCUCUGUUCUGGACGCUCAACGGUCAGCAGCUGCCCAGCUCCCUGUACAGAGUGCUGAGCCCAACCAACCUCAGCGUGACGCUGGCCAGUCUCAACGCCUCCAGGCAGACAUCCGGUGACAACCUGGUCUGUCACAAUCACAAGGGACACAUCUUGGCUGGCUCAUGUCUCUACGUCGGGAUGCCUCCGGAGAAGCCGGUCAAUCUGACCUGCUGGUCCAGGAACACCAAAGACCUGACAUGCAGCUGGGCUCCAGGAGGAAAAGGAGAGACCAACAUUAGCACACAGUACACGCUCAAGUACAAACUCAGGUGGUAUGGUAAGGAGAAGGAGUGCGAGGACUACACUCACACGCAGCCUUACUCCUGCAGCAUCACCCGGGACCUGCACCUCUUCACGCCCUACGAGAUCUGGGUGGAGGCCUCCAACCAGUUGGGCCGGGCUACCUCUGAUGUCAUCACCCUCGACAUCCUAGACGUGGUGACCACGGACCCUCCAUCAGGUGUGACGGUGAGUCGUGUCGGACAGUUAGAGGACCAGCUGAGUGUUCGCUGGGAGGCCCCGCCCGCUCUGAAAGACUUCCUGUUCCAGGCCAAAUACCAGAUCCGCUACAGACUGGAGGACAGCCAAGACUGGAAGGUGAUGGAUGACGUCGGGAAUCAGACAUCUUGUAGACUGGCUGGACUGAGACCUGGAACAGUGUAUUUUGUCCAGGUUCGCUGUAACCCCGUGGGCAUCUACGGCUCUCGCAAAGCUGGGAUCUGGAGCGAGUGGAGCCAUCCUACUGCUGCAUCCACACCCCACAGUGAGCGGUUGAUGUCGGGCUCCUGCGACUCAAAGUCCAGUGGGGACUCCAACUCCACCCUGCGCAGGGAGCUGAAGCAGUUCUUCGGCUGGGUGCGGAAACACGCCUACGGCUGCAGCAGCAUGUCCAUGAAGCUGUACGACCAGUGGCGAGUGCUGAUGCAGAAAUCCCACAAAGCUCGCAACCAGGUAGGUUCUCCAAGGGGAUAAAUCCUAGCACACGCUACGUUUACGAGCAGAAAACAAGUCAAGAAAAGAACUGAGUGUGUUUCUGUCUGUGUGUGUGUGUGUGUGAGAGAGAUUGUAUUCGUAUAUGGGAAUUAUAAGACAUUUUGCUCUGGACAUUUCGCUCAAACACCAGCCGUGGCCGUGAGAAGACAUCCAACAACAAACUGUGGGAUUUUCUUCUUUUAUGCAUCUUUUCCAGUCGACACGAGCACUUUUUUUGUCUGAAAAGGUGCAACUGAGAAGGUGGAUUUGCCACGGACAUACUGGCAUCAUCAUUAGCGAGACGCCAUGUGGACUACUCUGCUUUCUCAAAGGACGUUGUAGCAUGAAUAAGUCGGGCAUCUGUAAAGACGUUUGGUGUGCACCUGCUCUAAAUGUGCUGAUCAAAACAGAUUCAAACAAACUAGACCUGUUGCUCAAGCAUCUAAAAGUAUUUCCUGACCUGUUUUUGAGUUUCUCCUGUGGAUCCGAAGCACCAUCUAGUGGCUGUUCAGCGUCCAUGGAUACUGCAAAUCAAAGAAAAAAGUAACAAGUUAUCAAACAGUAUUUCUAAACCAUGCUUUGUUAUAUAAGUGCCAAACUGGUUCACCCAGCAUUCAUGUGUUUGAUGUGAGCGACAGUAUGUGACUGAUGGUGUUUGUGUGUGGAGACGUUUCACUGCCUUUAUUUUUGUACUGAAUCGUACCAGCAUAUUUAAAACUGUAUAAAGUUAAUGUUUUAUGUCUUAAGUUAUGUUUAGUUAGUAAAGAAAAUAUCAAUGACUGAAGUUGUUAUCGAUCUCUGAUGUUGUUCUAUAAAAAUGUUGUCAGAAACACAGGGUUUGGAAAUGAGUUGUGUGCACACCAAAGCAAACACAGUGAUAAACAGAUCUCCACUCCUCCAGUUAUGGGUAUCUUUAAUAUCAGUAAGCUCCCAUUGCUCAGAAUACAACACAUUUCCUGCCACGGGAUUUGCUUGGCAUGUCUGAACUCAAAUAUUUCCAAACAGCGAUUUAUAUGAACAAAAAAGACACUUAAUAACAUGGAUAUAGAAUGUAAUUUUCUCUUAAAUCCACUGUUAAACUAAACAGAAUGCAUGCAACAAAUUAUGUGACUUCAAAGAUAAAAUGUCUGGUCAGUGGUCUCUUAAGUGUUCUUUAUAUCAGGGUGUCGACAGGUAUCAGACAGUUAAAUGAAAUGCUUUUUAGACCUGUUUAAGACACCUUUUAACCAAAUGUAGGACAGAUUUUUGGACAAGUCAUGUUUUACUUAUUUAAGUGUCACAGGUAAGCAUUGCAGGUGAGUAGUAUAUAUGUGUUCUUGUGCAGAGAUAAGUGUUCUAGGGCUGCCACUAAUGAUUAUUUUCAUUGUCGACUAAUCUGUCGAUUAUUUCUUCAAUUAGUCGACUAAUCAUUUCAUCGAAAAAUGUGUUAAAAUGUUGAAAAAUGUCUGUCUGUCUCGCCCAAUACCCAAAAUUACGUCAUCUAAUGUUUUGUUUCAUACUCAUGCCAAAGGGUUUUAGUUCACUGUCACAUGAGAGUGUGUAAAGCUGCCAAUAUCUGAACGUAAGAAGCUGCAGCAAGUGUAUUUUGGGGUACUUUUAUAGUACUUUUCUAUGAAAAAUGACUCAAACCGAUUAGUCGACUACUAAAAUAGUCACCGAUUAUUUUAAUAGUCGAUUAGUCAUCGAUUAGUCGACUAAUCAUGGCAGCCCUAAAGUGUUCUGUAGGAAUAUGGUUAUUAGAGUGAAUAAGUCAAUCUACAUUUUGCCAACAGGUAAGUAUGAAGUAUUAUGAAGAUUUGUAACAUUCUUUUACAUAGAAAGCAGUGUCAGAAAUUAGCAAGGGCCACGGGCCAUUUGGCCCGCAAUUUAGCCAAGAAUGCCGCCAAAAGCCAUGUUCUGGGGGACAACAUUGCCCCCAA